AUGGCGCCCACACGACCCUCCAGAAAGGCAAAAGCCAAAGCCCGCUCACAAGCAAAGAAAUCCUCCGCCCCCUCCAGACCACCCAAACAGCUCCUCGCCGAGGCGACCGCGCACCUCGAACAAGGCGACGCACCCGGCGCCGUCACCCUCGCGCGCCAGGCCCUCGACAGCGCCCUCGAGUCCGACGACGCCCGCGCAUGCGCCGCGUACAACCUGCUCGGCGAGAUCCACAUCGAGCUGGGCGAGAUCGACGACGCGCGGGCCCUGUUCCUCAAGGCGGCGGGGCUGGACGCCGAGGGCGCGCUGGCCGAGGACCUCGGCGGCGGGCCGGACAAGUUCAACUGGCUCGCGCAGCUGUCCGAGGAGGGCGGCGCCGACUCGGUGCGGUGGUACGAGAAGGCGGCGGCGUGCCUCCGCACCCAGAUCCAGGCGCUCACCGAGGCCGCGGGCGAGGCGCGGGGAAAGGGCAGCGCGCACGGUGCGCUAGAGGAGGAGCUGGAGGCCAGGGCGGACGAGAAGAAGCGGAAGCUGGCCGAGACGCUGUGCGCGGUCGCCGAGGUGUACAUGACGGACCUGUCGUGGGAGGAGGACGCCGAGGCGCGGUGCGAGACCCUGGUCACGGAGGCGACCAUGCUCGCGCCCGAGCUGCCGGAUGCGUGGCAGACGGUGGCCAACGUGCGGGUCAGCCAGAGCAGGCGGGAUGACGCCGUCGCCGCGCUCGAGAGGAGCCUGUCGCUGUGGUCGGACCUGGAUCCGGAGGACCCCAGGGUGCCGCCCUUCCCCAGCAGGGUGGCCCUUGCGAGGCUGUUGAUGGAGUGCGAGCUGGAGGGCAAGGCCGUGGACGUGUGUGAGAGGUUGGUCCUGGAAGACGACACGAGUGUUGAGGCCUGGUACCUGGGCGGGCUUGCGCAUUUCACACUGGGCGAGAAGAUAAAAAAUCCCCCAAAGGACGAGAAGAACAAAAAGGCAAGGGAUGAUGAUGAUGAUGAUGAUGAUGAUGAUGGCUGGAAGAAGCACUGGGUGCGGGCCAGGCAGUGGUUAUCACAGUGCCAGCUGCUAUUCGAGGCGCAAGAAUACGAGGAUGAGAGGCUGGGCGAGCAUGCAGCCGAGCUGCUGGCCACCAUCACCGCUGAGGCCGGCGAUUUACCUGACGAGGAGGAAGAAGAUGGUGAUGGCUGGGAGGACGUCCAAGACAACGGCGCAAAUGGCGCGAAUGACCAAGAGAUGGAUGAUUCAUGA